ACAACAUCAGAAAGGAACGUUUUAUUUAUGAAAUUGUGGCGGUUGUUUCCCUUUCACAGAAGUUCUACAAGUAUUUUUUCCUAAAAGUUGAAAAUAGCAUUAGAAAAUUUUUAAAACAUUUACAUUUGAAAAGCAUGCCCCGUGCAGUUAAAGCUACUAACCCGAAGAAACCACCAAAAAAGAAGAAUGGAUAUGCAAUGCCAGAAUCAAUUCCUUUAGGAGAGAUUUUGUCCGAUUUAUCUAAACAACAAUGGAAAGUUGGAAAAACAAUUGGUAAAGGGGGAUUCGGAGAAAUAUAUACAGCUUGCAAAGCUAACAGUUGUCCUAAAAGUAUUGAUGAUUACGAAUAUGUUGUUAAAAUUGAACCUCAUGGAAAUGGACCUUUAUUUGUUGAGAUGCAUUUUUAUAUGAGGAAUGCUAAGGAAGAUGAUGUAAAAAAAUACAUUAAACAAAACAAACUGAAAAAUUUGGGUAUGCCGUACUUACUUGGUAGUGGAUCUCAUGAAAUAAAUGGUCUAAAACAUAGGUUUAUAAUUUUGCCUCGGUAUGGUAAAGAUAUAUGGCAUUAUUUUUUAGAAAAUGGUAAAAAAUUACCAGAACAUACAAUAUAUCGUCUAGCUUUACAAAUGUUAGAUGUUUACGAGUAUAUUCAUAACUCUACGUACGUACAUGGAGAUUUAAAAGGAGCUAAUAUAUUGCUUGGGCUAGGAAAAAUGGGACUACAACAAGCAUUUUUGGUAGAUUUCGGUUUGGCUAGUCAUUAUACGACAAAAGAUUUUAAACCUGAUCCUAAAAAAAUGCAUAAUGGAACAAUUGAAUACACUUCCAGAGAUGCCCACUUAGGAGUACCAACAAUGCGAGGAGAUUUUGAAAUUUUGGGAUAUAAUUUGAUUCAUUGGUCCGGUGUUACAUUACCAUGGGAAAUAAAAAAUUUACUAAGUAAUCCUACCCAAGUUCAAAAAGCGAAAGAAGCAUUUAUGCAAAAUAUUCCGAAAAGUCUUGAUGAAUUAAAUAAAAAAACCACAGACCCAAUCAAACAGUAUUUUCAAUAUAUUGCUUCACUAAAAUACAAUGACAAACCGGAAUAUGAAAAAUGUCGAAAAAUAUUUUUAAAUGGAUUAAAAGUUUUAAAUAAGCCGAAUUCGGGUGAACUAGAAUUAAAAUUUACCAGAUCUCCCAUUGCGAAUUUAGUAAGGUCUAAUGCAAAAACUUUCUCUGUUGAUUCUCCAGUAAGUUUAAAUGAUGAUUCUGAUGACGAAGAAAAUGAAUCUGAUGAAAAUGAGGUAGUUUUACCAUCACCACCUAGAAAAAAAAGCAGUUACAGUAGUCCAAUGAAAAGGAAAACACCUCCAUCAAAAAGUCCUGCUAAUAAAAAGCAAAAGCAAGCUGCCCUUUCAAGAUCCCCUAAGUUUCCUUCAUCUAAACCUUCUAGCAGUAAAUCACCAAGUAACAGUCCUGCAAUUUCAACACCUGUGUUAAAUAUACGUAAAAAUAUACAUACAUCUUCCACAAAAAAACCAGGGAGUACUAUAAUUAAUGACAAUAUAACACCUAAUCCAAAAAGUAAUAAAACCUAUGAGUUUAAUUUUGAAUUGGAUGUAAGUAUGGAUGCAAACGUAAUAAUAAAUGUGAAACGAAAGAAAGCUAACAAAAAACAAGAAGAAAGUGGAACACCAAAACCAAAAGUAAAUAUUAGGCGUGUCAAAACUCCAACUCCAACAAAAGCGAGUCCUCUUGCUAAAUCUCCGAAAUCGAAGCGUUUUAAGUGAAUAUAAAUGUGUAUAAUUGAAAUUUGGAAAAAAUCAUGCAUUUAUAGUUUUUUAUGUUAUUACAUUUUUUUUAGUCCGUUGAUAUUGAUUAUAAAUUCAUUAAAUUUUGCAGUUGUAACGUGUGUAUUAAAAAAAUUUUGAAUACAUAAAUGGUAAUUUGAUUGUUUAAAUUUAUACUUAAGAAAAUUUUGUAAACAAUAACUCUAAAUACAUUAUAUGAAAUUCAGUAAAA